AAAUAACCACGCACGCACGUAAUCACAACAUACCAAGACAUGAUCGGAGGCGCACGGACGCGGCUAGCAAGCUUUUUGUCCUUUAGCUCUGCACUCUUUUUUAGCUUUCUUGCAUUAUGAAUGGGGGGAAAUUUGAAUUUGAUGAUGGUGGCUACUACGUUGGAGAGUGGAAAAAAGGACAAGCUGAGGGUUAUGGAGUCUGCACAGGACCCAAAAAUUUGGGAAAAUUUGAGGGCCUUUGGGAAUGUGGGACUGAAGUUUGUGGUAUUUACACAUGGCCAAACGGUAUGAAUUAUAAGGGUGAGUGGCAAGAAGGACAUCGCAGUGGUCUUGGCAUAGAACAAAGGUUUGACAAAAAGGUAUAUUUAGGAGAAUGGUUGGAUGGUGUAAAGCAUGGCAGUGGAGUUAUUCAAUGUUCAAGAGAUGGCAAGCCAAGUUUUGAAGGAACUUGGAAGAAUGGAUUUCAAGAUGGUUAUGGAAUUGAAAUUUAUAAAGAUGGUGGGUAUUAUGCAGGUCAGUGGAAGGAAGGCUAUCGCCAUGGCUACGGAAUGAAAGGUCAUACGGAUCCAAGCAAUUUACCCGCUGGUUCGUUGUCCCUUCGACAACUCUUACUGAACAAUGGGACAAGUGCACGUAGGACGCGACCUUCCACCGUCUAUGGAAUGGAUCAGGUGUUUCAGAACGAAAAAGAUCAUGUCAAGCACACCUCCGAGUCGCCGGACAUGACUCCGCUACGAAAAUCUUUUUCCUCACCCGGAAAGCUGAGUUCAAAGCAACCGCAGUCGACGCCGACAAGCCUGGAUCCCAGCACUGCAGCACCGAAGAAACAGCGUCACAGCGUGUUCCAAAUGAUGUUUCCCUUUCGAAAGGAAGGCGAAGAGAAGAAAGAAGAGGUAAAAACAGAAGUUUACAAAGGCUGUUGGGAAUACGACGCCCGCGAAGGCUUUGGUAUUUGUUACUAUGGCGAUGGUUCGCGUUAUGUGGGCGCAUGGAAAGACAAUAAACGCCACGGCUAUGGUUUACUGAUUUUUAGAGAUGGUAAGAAGAGCGGUGGGAAAUGGUACAACGACAAUUUGUUGCUAAUGACGAGGCGGAAAAAUCUACGGUUGCCGAUGAUUCGGAAAAAAAUUAAUCGGACGGUACUUGCUGCUAUCGAUGCAGCGGAAAAAGGAAACAAUAAAAUGAAACUAGCUAUUAGCAGAGGAUUGUCUGCGAAGAAGAUCGCGGACAGUGCAAAAGAUGUAGCUGCUCUCGCUGAGAGAAACGCGCAACAAGCGAUGGAGUGUCGCAAGAAAUACACGUUGCAUCCUUGUCUGCAAGCCACACUUACAGAUUUUUCUCGGCGUAACAGCAAUGUUACUGAUCUUUCGUGUCAAAGCAGCACAGCAGACCUACCUCGCAGCGGUAGCGUAUCGAAUGUCUCCGACACCUGUUCUUCCCGAUCCGACAAGUCAGCAACUCAAAAAUCGAAUCAUCCCAAUGUACAAAUUACGGACUCGAAACAUGCGCGCACAAAAAGGUCAUCCUUGUUAUCUUCUUUUAAAUGUAAUUCUAACGAUCUUGGCCUAGACGUCAUAAGAAAUUUAGACCGUCAUCCAGCUCGUGAAUCUGCGUUAUAUGCAGCUAUGGACAUCACUAUUGGUGCAGGCGCCAUUAAUCCGUACAUAUCGCAAAUGAUUUUAAUGAAUCACAACGACGCGCAGUCGCGCAUGAAAAACGCCAUCGCAACUUCAAAAAGCUCAGUCGCAAAUACAAUGUCGAGUAACGAGGUUUUUAGGUCUGCAUUAUUACCUAUAGUGAUGGACAUAAGAGACUCGCCUGACGGCCCUUGCCAUUCAGAAAUUUCGCCACCUACGAAAGAAGUGAAAUCUGGCAAGUCAUUUUUACACCCCACUGACUAUUCAGCUAACGCCUCUCGUCGCAGAAAAUAUGGAACAGGCGUGUAUUCGAGUAUUGAUUCUAACUCUUCCGUUUCGAGUGAAGACGCGCGCUUGAUACAAAUGAAGGGUAAAUUACUUACCGGUGAAGACAUCGAUUAUGAUUAUAUCGCGGUCAGUGCGAGCAUGGAUGGCCAAGAAACGCUUGUUUUGCACACUGACCACCCGCGACCGAAAUUUAAAAGCGAUCACACGAUAUCAGAAAAAGACUAUGUAAACUCCUCGACCGGUUUGUACCGAACUGUUGUGGGAAAGGUCCCAAAUGUUUUAAACACUGUCAAACCCACGGGUAUCGUUUCCCUGGAUUCACGCAGGGAUUCAGUUGAUAGUGGGACGGCUAAUGAUGACUUGGUUCCAAAAGAAGAAUCCCUAAAAUCAUCCCAACCUCAAAAGGAAAAGUACGAACUUCAAAACACUGGCAAACUUGCUUGUGUUCCUAUUACAUACAGUCCAAGCUUUGAAGAAAGUGACAAACACACAGGACAUGACGAAAAAAAGGAAUCUACGUGUGAGAAGUCGAAAACGGAACCAUCAGAACAACUAAGACUAACAGACCAAAAGGGAAAUGUUGUAAGUAUAGCGCCUCGUUCUAACCGACAGCAAGUCGUGAUCAACCAGCGUUCUCGCAAACGAGACUUGUCUACGCAAACGAGCCUCGAUUAUAUCGAGGGUGAAACCGGUCAAAUUAAAUACGCUUCAGCCGACAAUGUAAAUCGCGUUACAAAUAAGAAGUUUAGUAUUUCGACUUGGUUAACCAAACGUUUAUGGAGUAAUCGAGAUAGUUUAAGUUCCACGCGUUCGCUUUCCUCUGAUUCUGGGUACAAACAAAGUAUGAGUUUCGAUGACGUCACGCAAACUUGUAAUACCUCAAAAUCCUUUCCACACAUUCCUAUGGACGAAGCGAACAGUAAAGAAGACAGAGGUAUGGGAACGACUGUAGUUACCAUUGAAAAUGACAAAUUUCGCAGGCUAAACUCGAUCGAUGCCGUAAAAAAGAAACCGCCAAAUGACAUGCACUCGCCAGACCAUCAUCUUCAAUCACCACAGGAGUCAGGGUUUGAUCUAUACAGAACUAUCGAAAGUAGCCCAAGAUUUCCGACAAAAGAUAUCAAAUUACCGACAUUUUUUGCGUCGCCAACAGGGGACUUAUCACCGACUGACGAUCGUUUAUCGGAUUUUGAAAGCUAUGUUAUUUUGGACGAACCAAGCGAGAUUUGCGACACGUCAUCGGAGACGACAGGGGACUGUGUCACUUCGGACAGCGCGGAGACGACAGGGGUCUGCGUCACUUCGGACAGCAAUGCAUUUUCUCAACCGGCUGUUACCUGGGUGUGAACAUAUAGGCUUGUACCUGGGUGUGAACAUAUAGGCUUGUAACUGUCUAUGAAUACUGAGACUGUUGCUUGGUUGUGAACAUUACAAAUUGCUGUUCUGUUACAUUUUCGCUGUGGCCGUUCCAGAAGUUAUACAAUUUUAUUUGCACCCUAAUUAUUUGUGUUUUAUAAAUACUUAGUUUGACUUUUUUACCGAAUUCACUCUCCACCUACGAUACAUUUCUUAGUUUUAGUUCUAAAAAUUGUAAAUUUAUGCUGUGUCGGUAUUUUGGAGCGGUGAAGUAUUUAUUUUUAUAAUAGCGUUUUAAAUGUCUUAUCUUUUUUAUACAAUUUUUUGUAUUUUAUAAUGAAGCAUGUUUACGCUAUGAAAAUUAAUUUUGACAAAAAAGGCGACAAAACAAGAUGGCACAAUCACUCCUAGCCAUCCUGUUUGUUAUGUGACUUGUUCUAUGGAAGUCUAUUUUAGUGAUCGACGUCAGGAAUUUUCUUUUAAAUUGCGAUCCAGGGGUUUAACUUUUUUCAUGACAAAGAACUUCCAUGGUACAUUUCACAUGCUUAAAAAAAGAAACUUUACAAUUUAAAAAUCGAAAAUUUUUAUAUACGCAUUUAUUUUUUGACUCUGGUCCUAAAAGCUAACGGCUCACUUUCGUAGUUUUUAUACCCUAUUCAUUUUUAAUCCCAGAAUUCACUUCACAAAAUAAAUUCUUAGUCGAAGCGCGCCAUAGACAAAAUAUAUUUGCUUAGGUUGGACUAACGAAAUUUUUUACUUUCAUUUUUUCUCUCUUUAUUUUCUCAACGUGAUUCCGAAAAAAUGGCUCGCACAAAAUUUGAUUUUAUUUUAUGUGUGUGUGGCUAGAAAAGGCAAAUUUUUAAUAGAUGUAAUGUUAAUAUUAUACAUAAGUCUAUUUUUAUCCCGUUUAUUUUUUAUAUAAAAAGAUUUUAAUGAAAUAGAUUUAUGCCGCCGAGUAAGAGAGUGAAAACAAAGAAAUUAAA